AACAUUGCAAGAUUUUCAAAUUUUCAUUGUUUUUUUCAAAUCAAAAGACAUGAAAUGGCUUAAAAAUAUUUAGUGUAAUUGUAUUAAACAUAUCAGUGUAAAGAAGAGCUAGCAACAAAUGAAACUUAUUUUAAAUUUAUGAAAUAAAAUAUAUAUGUUAUCAAUAUUGGUAUUGUGGUAGCUCCCUUUAAACUCUCGUAUAACUAAACAAUAAAAAAUGGACGAUGAAAUAGAAGUGGACCCGAGGCCUUUAAGCUCACGCCGAAGCUUUACGCUGAGAAACUCUGCAGCAAGACAGGUCGCCGUCAACUUUAUGCCAUCAAGACAAAUUCCUUACAACACAUUGAGACUACGUCGAAACAAUACCGAAAAUAAUGCAUUGCUGACUGAUGUUGCUGAGGCAGCAGAUGAAGCUGACAAUGCUGAUGUGCAAGCCAAUAUUAUCGUUCGUGAGAUGGAACAGCACCACCAGCUCAUGGAGGACACCCCUGAUGCCGAGGAGCUGAGAAGAGAGGCUCUUCGUGAGCUCCCGCAAGGUUUGACCAUGAAGAGGAAUGUACGAGCGAAAUUAUCUGCCUCAGUUAGCUUGAGGUCGAAAAGGAAACCAAUUUCACUGUGGAAAAGGUUCAAAUACAGAAUGAGCUUUGGAUGGAAACGGACAAAAGACCGCAUGCGCGAUCUCGUAUUUUCGAUUGAACUCUGGUACGAAGCCAUUCGGAAUAUUGAGGGCCACUUCGGAUCGGCUGUCGGGUCAUACUUCUAUCUAGUUCGCUGGCUGUUUACUAUGAACUUGCUGCUAUCUGGAAUGGUGAUACUGUUCGUGGUGGUGCCGCAGGUCCUGCAUGAUAAGCCCGACAGGACUGUAAACUUCGGAUUCUGGGAUUUCAUUAGUGGGCAGGGUUGGUUAGAAGACUCGUUGUUGUUCUACGCGCACUACCACGACGGCGCGGUGGUCACGGCCGGACUCUCAUACUACAUGCCGUUCGCGUAUUUCUUCACUAUGGUCUGUCUGUAUCUGACAUGUUUUGCUGUUCUGUGCUACAGAACUGCAUAUUCCUACCGACGUAACUUCAUCGAGACCGGAGGCGGAGUGACUUUGAUUUUCGCCAACAAAGUUUUUUGCGGCUGGGACUUUGGUAUAGUCUCCCAUAAAGCCGCCGAAUUGACCUCCACAAGCAUCUAUAACGAAUUUAAGGAACUCCUCAGCGAACAGAACAGGAACAAAGUGUCGAUGCCGGUCUGCGUGAGGAUAUGCCAGUACAUGACCAACGUAGUGGCCACCGGGCUGGUGCUGGCGCUGGUGGUGGCCGUGAACUGGGGGCUGUGGCACAUGCUGGAGGCGGAGACGGAGUGGGCGGUGUGGGAGCUGGCGGUGUCGGCGCUGCUGACGCUCGUCGUCACUCUGUGCCCACUCGUCUUCUACGGAGUUGUCAAAUUAGAGUACUACACGCGUCGUACGGCGGUCUACGUGACGCUGGCCAGGACUUGGCUGUUGGACAUGGGCGCGCUGAUGCUGCUGCUGGUGUACUGGUCCCGGUCGAACACUGACUGCUGGGAGACGCGUUUCGGUCAGGAAGCGUACAGGCUGGUCCUGCUGGACGCCGUGGUCUCGCUGCUGGUGUUGCCAGCCAUUGAGUUUAUUAGAGCUUUGAUAUAUAAGUUAAACCCGGACUCGUCGGCGCCGGAGUUCAACAUAGCGUACAACUCGCUCACGUUGAUCUACAACCAGGGGGUGCUCUGGUUCGGCCUGCUGUUCUCCCCCCUCCUGGUGGUGGCGGUCACCAUUAAGUUCUUUAUCCUGUUCUACGUGAAGAGAGAAUGCGCUCUGAGGGCAUGCCAGCCGGCUAGAAAGGUGUGGCGGGCGGCACAGACGCAGACGGUGCUGUACGUGCUGGUCACGCUCUCGCUCUUCGCCACGCUGUUCGGGCUCGGCUCACUGUUCUUCAGGAGUUCAUCGAAGGUCUGCGGCCCGUUCCGUGGCUACGAGACGGUGUACAGCGUGCUCAGCGAAGGAGCCCUGAGGCUGUCGGAGCACCCCGCCGCUGCCACCAUACUCGCCUUCUUCGGCAGGCCCGGACCUCUGGCCUUCAUACUGCUUUUUCUCUGCGUGUCGGUGUACUACAUGCGGGCGCGCGCCCUCGCGCACUCCUCCAUGGUGGUCAUAUUGCGUCACAUGCUGGUACUGCAGGCGAAGGACAAGGACUUCCUGCUCAACGCCAUCGCUAAAGUCUCCAACGGGGAGUGGUCGUACAGCCCGAAGGCGGCCGAGGGCCCGGACAGCCACACGUGGAAGUACAUUAGGGACGUCAGGAAGCCAUCGAACUCUGGCUUCCAUUUUGACGCGUCGAGGCUCAGUCAUUCGUUCGGGGACCGACCUCGGUCGCGCGUCAAGGAAUACCGGCCUUAUUCGCAUCUGACCGAGAGGUCGAAAUCGAAUGACGGCGACACGGACAGUUCGUUUAGCUGGCAAGGCUCUAGCAGUCGUCUGGCACAAGCCGAAGACGACAAGAGGUGGCCUUAGUUCGCAGUCUUAUAUAUGAGUCGUCUAUUAUCAAAGGUGGCAAUCUGUGCAU